CACCCCCGGUCUGCCCAACACGCAGGCGCGACUCCUCAAAGCUUGUCCCUCCCUCCCCCUCUCUCCCUUCAUUUCGUUCCCCCUCCUCUUCCAGCACCUCCGCAGGUUCAAACUCUUCUCAGUGAGAGUGGCGGUGCUCACGACAUCACGUGAUGAGCAUCCUGCUGCCCAACAUGGCGGAGUUCGACACCAUCUCGGAACUGGAGGAGGAGGAGGAGGAAGAAGAAGCGGCAACGUCGUCGUCGUCGCCGUCGUCGUCGUCGUCGGUAUCUGGACCCGACGAUGACGAGGAAGAUGAGGAGGAGGAGGAGGAAGAGGAGGAGGAGGAAGAAGAAGAAGAGGAGGAGGAAGAGGCGCCGCCCCCGCCUCGGGUUGUGAGCGAGGAGCAUCUGCGGAGAUUUGCCCCCGACCCUGUAUUGGUGCGGGGUGCCGGCCACAUCACUGUGUUUGGCUUGAGCAACAAGUUUGAUACUGAAUUUCCCUCAGUUCUGACAGGAAAGGUGGCCCCAGAAGAAUUUAAGACCAGCAUUGGCCGUGUGAAUGCAUGUUUGAAAAAGGCUCUCCCAGUCAAUGUGAAAUGGCUGCUGUGUGGUUGUCUCUGCUGUUGUUGCACACUGGGUUGCAGUCUGUGGCCUGUUAUUUGUCUCAACAAAAGAACCAGAAGAUCAAUUCAGAAGUUAUUAGAAUGGGAAAAUAAUAGAUUGUAUCACAAGCUUGCUUUGCACUGGAAGUUGACUAAAAGGAAAUGCGAAACUAGCAAUAUGAUGGAGUAUGUAAUACUAAUAGAAUUCUUACCAAAAUAUCCCAUUUUUCGACCUGACUGAGAAGUGUUAUUCAGUCACUUCUGUGUUUCCUGUCAUUUCCUACCCUUAGUGCCUUGUAGAUGAUUUUGGAAUGAAGAUGGUCUCCUUUACUGUGUUCAACUUAUUCUUCAUAAUGGUAGAAUAUUCUCCUUGCUCUUCUAUUUGUGUUGGUUUAAGAGAAAAAUUUGCACAUCUUUUCUGUUGUUAAAUGAGGCUUGUGUUUUGCACUCUCAAUUUUUAAAUAAAAAUACACAUCAGCAUAUACAUAUGUGUAUAUGUAUCCAUAUGUAUUUGUAUAUAUAUAUAUUUACCACUAAAGAUAAAACAUCAAUGCUGGUGUUUUAAAAAACAAACAACAAAAAAACCCACAAAAACCUGUUCUCAGCAUGCUGCCUUAUAAUUUUCAUACUCACUGUUUCUAAAUAUGCAUCAUUUUUCUAGGCUACUUAAUGCUGUGUAAUCCCUUACUGAACACACUUUAAAUAAGCUUUUGGUAGCUUUUAGAAAUGAUUUUACUCUGCUUUUAAAGGACAUGCAAUUACUAGCACUGGUUUUGUCCUGCACUUUGCUAAACUGUUAGUGGAUGAAAUAUAUUCAAACUCCUAAAGACUUGUAAAUAUUGUCUCUUUGCAUAAUGUAAAAUGUGGUAUGCCAUGGUUUACAGAAUGUAAUAUUACUCUUACUGUAUUGCCAACUAUUCUGCAUAGAUUUUAAUAAGAAAGAGGUUUGCAAGCAUCCUUUUGAAUGUAGAGAUUGUUAACAUGCCGUUUUAUGGCAAAGCCAUAACAAGUAUGUUAAAAAUUUCAGGUGUAGGGCAGGGUUGCCCUUUAUAACAAAUGGGUUAAAAUUGAAACUAAGAACUUUACUUUUCCCAUUUAAUUCAACAUUUCCCAUUUUAUCCUCUCUCUUCAUCCCCAACAAAAUUUACUUGACACUUGACACAUUUCACAGCCUCACUAGCCAUCAUUUGUUUCCCUUUAUGUAUACUUUUCCUCCUUUGGAAAUAUACACAAUUAUGACCUUUAAGGAGUAUUUGAAGAUUUCAGAUGUCUCGGGAGGCUUAAAAACCACUGUUAACCUACUUUUCAAGUUGCAAUAUUCUACUUUAAAAAAGAGAAAGAACUCAUUUUGAAAAGGUAAAUUUAACAUCUAGUGACUGAUUCAUAACUGGUCAAAUAUUCUCAAUCUGUAUUUGAGGACCUUUUUCAAACAUUUGAAUGUUAUUAAUGGAAAAGAUAAGUGUUUAGACAGAAAUAGUUUACAAAUUCACCACACAUAUAGCCAUUUGACUGAUUUGUGCAUAUUUCUGUUUCUCCUCACAGUUAAGAUGAGUGAGAGCACCAUGCUCUUAAUUCUAUUAGAAUUUGGAGUUUGAGCAUAACAAAAGUUUUAUGUUAAUUCAGCUGUAAAUGUAUGCCUUAGUGUAGGCAUUACUUAUAAUUUAUGUGCUAAAAUUAAAUUACUUUGUCAUCUUACUCAAUGCUUUCAGUUAACUUUUUAGGUAAGCAUUCAUCCCAGUAAAGAGAAUAAUCAUUUGUGCAUACAAGGGCAAGCCUUCCAAGCCACUUUGAAAAAUACAUGCCUAAUUUGAAAUCCACAGUCCUUGACGCUACUUGAUAUAUGAUGAUAAUUAUUUGCACAAAUGCUUAUUCCAUUUUCCUGUGUAGAGUUUCAUUAUCCCCAUGCCAUCUAGGCUCCCCACAUCUCUAACUUUUAACAUAUUGUAUAUGCCUGCAAAUGUCAAAGGUCUGCCUGCCGCAAAAUAGAAGAUAUAUUUUUAUAGACAAGGUGGAAACCUCUGAAAAUGCAUACCAAAUGUCUUGUUUUACAGCUAAGGUCAGGGAAAUAUUGUAUCUGUUGUAUAUGUUCUAGCUAACAUCACCAACCUUAUGCUUCAAACUGUGACAUUUUAAUACUAAAAUUGAUUUUCAGCAUAACAAAAUUUCUAAUUAUCAACGGUAGCUUUUUAAGUGGCUGCCCUUAAAAAUCUUUUUUCUCUGUAACCUUGGAAUUUCACCAUAUAGUAGUAGUCAUAGUAACUUUUUCUGCCAUGUAUAAAUCACACUUGGUUUUGCUCAAAAACAGCAGAAAGUGGUGAAUUGUUUCCAUGAAACAAAUAUUGAGACAAGAGUAGAGUGUAUCUGAAGGUGACAGAGUGCAAUUCAAGUUACAGUACUAUUUGUCAUAAACAAUAUGCCAGCUUGUAUAAACCUAACUUUUAAACUUACUCUUAAAUUGAUGAUUGUAUUGGUCGUUAUGCUUGUUGAUUCAUCUUAGUUUUCUGACUUACUCAGAGAACACCCAAUUUUCUUUUUAUCCUGUCUUCUGUGACUACUUUUUCAAACUGUUUACCUUUGCAGGGGACUGAUUAAUAGGCUGGGUAUUUUGGAAUGUUAAGUGAGAGGAGGUCUUUUGGAUGUAAUUGGCAGUAGUGAAUACUGAAAUGACAGAGCACACUGUAGUAAUUAACUCCUCUCCAAUCAGAUCUUUCUUCUUUUAUCCUCAGGAUAGAACACUCUCAUAUUUUUCCAUUGGAUUAGUAAAAUAUUUUUGUGAAUUAUUUUUAGAUUGAAAUAAUUGUGAAUUUCUUUGUUAUAUAAUAUUGCUUCAUGGAACCUACCUUGGUAGUUUCUAGAGAAAGAAUAUUUAUUUGCCAAAAUUGGUAAAUCUCACAAGGCUUUGUUCUUUAACAUUAAUAUUCCAGUACUUCUUAUUUGAUCUAAGAUUCUGGCUUGAAUUUAUCCAGUUGAUUGUUUUUAAUCUUGUCCUAAAAGCCAGUGGCAUUUGAUGUAUUAAUAACAAAUAUGGACAAGGGUCAUUCACAGAUUUAUUAACUCCAUCCCAAACAUGUUCUCUCUUCUUUGUUCCCUCCUACCCCUAUGUUAAUUUAGGAAAAAGACCACUGUAGUUAAACUUUAGCAGUAGAUGGAGAAGUGCCUUGUCUUUUUUGAACAAAAAUAACAUAAUAUGCUGAAGGAAGAAUGAAGAUUGUUAGAUCAGUCACAUAGAAACUAGUGUAGUUCUAGUGCUGAUAAGCAUAUAAUUUAAAAUGAUUCUAAAAAGGCAACAGUUUUUGACUGAAGCUGUACCAGAACCCACUUGAAGUAUUUAAUGCACAUGCUAUUCAUGUUGUCAUGACCUAUCAACACUAGUAUCUGAGCAAUUAAUCAAGCUGUUACUAUUUACUACUCUACCAUUUUAGUGAACUUUAUUUUCAUUUUUUAAAUAAUGAGUAAAGUUUAAUAACAUUUGUAAGCCUUUGAACAAAUAGGGUUUUUUACAAAUGUAUGAGAGCUUUAAGAAAUCAUUGCAUUUUUAUUUUGUUUACAAAUAAGCUGCCAUUUUAAAAAGUAAAACCUUACUACUUGAACAUAAAGUCCACACACAAUAUUUCAGCAUAAUUUUCUAUAUUGUCCUAAGAUGGUAUGGAAAGUGUAUUUACUUAAUUAAUUGGAACAGUUUUACAUUAUGGAAAUUUUUACAAAUUUGAUUAAUACUCUAAGUAUGCAAAUUCAUUGAAAUUAGGUCUACUAUUUUUGCAAAAAAUGUCAAAUUGUUUUAAUUGUAAAAGGAAAUUCUUGGGAAAUUUUCUGUAGAAAAUAAUUAUUAAUACCUGUACAUGUAAUAGGUUGGAUAAAAAUAAUUGAGAGAUAUGAAUCUUUUAUCAUAACCCAAAUUUCUCUUAACUGAUUCUGAGCCUGUCUUUUUGCUUUGGUGAGAAUCAAAACAACCUGAGAAUAUGUUCCAUUUUCUGUGGACUUUGUCAAAUUCACAAUCUAUGACAGAAGUGAUAUAAUGUCCUGUAGGCCCCAGGCAAGUCACUUGCAUCGCAUGUAAGUCUUCUUAUCUGUGAAAUUAUGGGAUUGAACCUCAAGUUGGACAGGAAAUCAGAAAUCAGCUGUUAUUCUGUGAUUUUAGGAAUCCUUGGGGAAUUUUAUUCCAUAGAAUCUCAAAAUGAUUGUUCUUGGAUCUACUCUCAGUGCCUUGCACACAAUGAAAGUUAAAUUUGCCAACUGGCCGUCAGUUAAUGUAUGUUAAUAUCGUAUAGACUCAAAAAAAACCUGAUGCCUGCUAGACUUUAUCCCUUCAUGAUAAGAUUAAAUGAUAGUUUUGCUGAAAACUGAGGGCUGAAGUAUACAUACUUUGCCUAUGUGGAAUCAGAUUGUUCAGGUGGCAUGCAAGCAAGAAACAUAGUUGUGACAGCAGUGGUGAUACAGGAGGACCCACUUUAGCAUUUAUGCGAAAGCUUUCAUGUCCUAUCUUAUAGCUAUGCUAGUGUCUUAACAAGUUCCAUACCCUCAGAAAGAUCUAUCAGAAUAAAUUUAUAAAAUUAAGUGGGAAGGGAAAUGAUAUGGAAUUCAAACCCAAGUCAUUCCUAGGUUAAUUCUUAGCUCUGCUGCUUAAUUCCUCUGUACCUCAUGUCCUCAUUGUUGAAGUGGGGACAAAAUCGGGACCUACCUCACAGGGGAAUUGAGGAUUUUUUUCACGUAUUAAUGUGCUCUGAAGUUGAUUGAAAUAUAUACUGGAUAUCAUAAUUGUGUAAUUUCUAAGUAGAUUUCUUUAAAUGUGUGAUGUUAUGUUUUCUUUCUCUGCAGAAUAAGUGUUGUGCAUUAUCUUUCAGAGGUAAUUUGUUAUUAAUACCAUAUUUGUUAAUUAUGGGUCGUUAUGCUUUGUUAAUACUUGAUUAAGGGAGGAAAAGCAAGUAGAUAUAAAUCAGUGGUUCCCAACUUGGGGCAGAUGAAGAUUGCAAGAGUGGGGGUGUCCUUUCACAACAUUUCCGAAGAAUAUUCUAGAAGCCCAUCAUAAUAUUUCUGCUGCAAAAACCAACUAAGACAUUGGAUUGCCAUGUAUUUGUUCAUAUUCUUUCAAUUAUUAACACUGUUUAUUAACAUUGAUCAGAAGCUAUGAAUUGCAGCAUGCUUUUGAUUAAUAAGAAAAAGGCUGUUAUUACAUGCAAUGUAGUAAAUAUUUGAAAUCAGAUAAUGAAGAGAUCUUACUUGACCCCCUCCACAGAUGAUUUACCCAAGUCCCUAAAUACUUGUAAUGAGACACUAGGUUAUGUGUGUGUGUGUGUGUGUGUGUGUGUGUGUGUGUGUGUCUGUCUGUGUUCUGACUACAUCGGGCUAUAUCAUUUCAGUUUAGAAUUUGCCUUCAGGGUUUUUCUUCUGUUUCAGAAUGAUAUAACUGAACAUUAUUUGAAUGUGUAAUUUAAUGCAUACAGAGACACACAUAGAAUUGCAAAUGUGGAAAGUGUUAUAAUGACAUUCUAGCAUUGGCAUUAAUAUCUACUUCUAAGUCUCAAAGUAGUUUGGUGUAUAAACUUAACAUGAUGUAUCAAGGCAAUAAUUUCUCAAAUGUUCUUUUGACUCCUGCUUAUUUGUUGGUGUUUAUCUUGGCUUAAUUUUCUUAAUUUUCUGUUUUUUUUCAGUAAGCAAAUAGUAUAAAAUUAUUUUAAUGCCUGACUUUGGAACAAGUUCCAAAUGUUUGAAAAUAUGUAAUCUAUGAGAUAGUUUGCCAUCCUUGGACUAACCACAUUCAAAUAUGAGUCUCAGCUGCAAGAACAGGACAUCUGAAUAGCUAGAAGCAGGCACUAAUCAAAACGCCUGGAUGAAAACUCUAGGAUUUCUGCUUUUAGGCAGAGGAUUCCUGUUGGGACAGCUUUAACAGAAAAGAGUAAUAGUGGACAUGUCCAUUCAAACCAAGAACUUUCAUGCAUCUUGUAUUGUUACAUAGCCUGUGGAAUGAAUUCAUUUUCCCCCUUGAGUCCAGGAAUGACUCCCCUGGAAGAACUCAACCCAUAUACAGCUGUGCCAAAAUGAAGGAUACCUGCCUCUCUGGAACUCACUGCUGCUUCUGUCAUUGUUCACUUGUCAGAUAAAACUUUAUUAUCUCAGGAUGCAAAAUUAAAAUAAAGUACAGAUCUAUGUUAAUGAAUUGAA